UACGCUUAAUGGGGAACACUGAAGUUCUUGCAGUUAACCUUGCUUCUGCUUUCUCACUUAAUUUUCUCCUCUGAGCUAUUUUUCCCCAAGCUGCACUCAGUCAAAUAGACGCCAUAUGCACGCCUUCACUAGACGACCCACUUCUGACUGGACAGACUCUGCCGCCUCUAUCUGUAACCCAGUGUGUGUUUAUCUCCGGUUUUUAAAUCUUCCAACAAAGAGGUUCACACUUUUGAUUGUUAUAGUAAUCGUCCCGCAGACUCGGGUGAACAUGUAGAGAUGGAUUUUAUGAAGCUGUUUGGCACCGUUAUCGCCGUUCUGUUCCACCCUGGAUCCGCUUCUAAAUUAAAUGGCCAAAGGAUCUGCCGGCGUGGGACAGAGCGGCCAUGCUACAAGGUGUCCUACAUCCAGGACAGCAGGCGAAGGCUGACCUUUGAGGAUGCCAGGCAGGCCUGUAGGUUGGAUGGAGGCGAGCUGCUCAGCAUUGAAACAGAAAGUGAGCAGCGACUGAUUGAGAGGUUCAUACAACAGCUGCAGGCUGGAGAUGGAGACUUCUGGAUCGGGCUUCGCCGUAACCCACAGCACAACAGGGCAGGGACCAAAAGCCAAGGUUGCCCCUCGCAGUACUAUUGGCUGGAUGGAAGCAAGGCCAAGUUCAGGAACUGGCACUGGGAUGAGCCAUCGUGUGGUGAUGAAAUGUGUGUGGUUCUGUACCACCAGCCGUCUGCGCCACCUGACGAAGAAGGUCAUUUCCUGUUCCAGUGGAAUGACAACAACUGCAACUCCAAGAACAACUUUGUCUGCAAAUACCCAGAAGAAAAAGUGCCAGUAUUUACUGAUGAAGGGAACACUGCACAUGCAGUUCCAUCUCUGAGGCCAAACCUAUUCUCAACAACAGAAAGUGAUGAGAGGAUUAAAAUAGUACUACCUGAAUCAUCAGUAUCUCUCUCAGACAACACCCUGUAUGUGUCCUACAUCCUUUAUGCAACUAUUCCUGCUCUCCUGCUGCUGCUGUUUGCGGCUGCUGGCUUCUUCUGCUACAAACAUCAUGUUAAAAGGAGGAAGACAGAAGCAGAAAGCUAUCCCUGCAGAUCAAAACCAUGGCUGUCAACAACAGCUUCACCUUGCUCCGUACAAGGACCUUAUGCCUUUAGUGACAUUACCAAACUGCCUCACACUGCUCUGGAGAGCAGCAUGCCAGUAGAUAUCAUGGCAAAGUACUCCAGCACGUCCUCUCAGGACUCCCAUGGUGACUAUGAGAAUGUGUCAUGCACGGACAGGGAGAGUGGUUUUGUGACCAAUGACAUCUAUGAGACCUGCAGAGCUCAAAGCCGGCACUGCAGCAGUCAGACUGGUUGGGUGGAAAACGAGAUCUAUGGAUAACACUGUUGAUGCCUAUCUGGUCUCUGCAAGUGUCCAUCAACCUCAUAGCAGCAAAAGAAUAUGACCCAGCUGGACAGAGGAACACAAUGUUCUCAAUCCCUCUCUUCUUUUGCACCCUAUUGGUUACUUGUGUGGUGCAGGAUUACUAAACAGGUGGCCUGGUUAUUUGAACAUAGAUCUGUCUCCUGUGUGUAUCUCCAGAGCUGCCCCAUGAGCACCCAGCAUUCAAAGCUGCUAUUCAGAUUAAUGCUUAAUGCAGGGUUUCCCAAAGUCAACUGAGACUCUAGGUUUAGGCCUCCAACUUCCCAGAAUACCACCAUCAGAGAUUUCUCAAAUUACCAUACAAAUUGCGAAUCUGAUCAUGGCUUUGGAUUGAAGAGUAAUACAUUGGUUAUGUGAAAAUAGUAAUAUAUUUCAAAUCUUUUUAAUAGAUUUUCUUAUUAAAGAAGACAAGUCUACAGUUGUGCUAGCAGCUUUGUGAGGCUGUAUCUAGGCACAGAGGCGCUUUGAGCUAAAUGUGUCAACAUGCUCAUGAAGGCCAAAGACAACCUGCUGAUAUUUAACUGGCAUAAUGUUUGUCAGUUUCACCACUUAACACUUAGUUAAGUGUGUCUGCAUGUUAACAUUUGCUAAUUAGCACUAAAAAACUAAGUCCAGCUGGGGCUAAUGGAAAUUCCAUUAGUUUUGUAGGUAUUGGCUUAACCAAAACAUUAAAUAGAAAUUAGGUUAGUGGUAAUUAUCCUGAGGCGGACCUGAAUAUGUGUACCAAAUUUUGUGGCAGAUCAUCCAAUAGUUUUUGAGACACUGAUGGUGGUGCUUUGUCACGGAAAUACAUUGUCUAGACACUAUGAGAUAUCUCACAGGAUAAGUGAAAAUUUUGACCUGUUGGAGGCAAUCGAGGAAAAGUGAGAGGAAUACCAACAUCAUUAGGAUUCAUCCUCUUGGGACCUUUGAUAUCUGUACAAGUUUUCAUGGCAAUCAAUCUAGUAGUUGUUGAGAUAUUUUAUUCUGGACCAAACUGGUGGACAGACUGAAAAUUCUAAUAUAUUUCAAGUUUAUUUAAUAUAUUUUAUUAUUAAAAAUUCAUCAAACAAAACUCAUUCAGUCAGAAAUCUUCUGUUGGCUGUGUAAAGAAAAUACAUUUUUUUUAUUCCAGUUGAAUUGAAUAGUUCUUUCUUAUUCCCAGUUUUAAUCAUCAUUUCUGACAAUUUAUUUAACAGCAGUUUAAAGGCAAAGAGGCAUUAUAUGAACUCAAAUAAGCAGUAAUGAGCCAGGUCAGUUCGGCUGUGUAACAGUGCUGCUAUAUUUGGCAUGGUGGAUUACACAUCUAACCCUGGGAAUAAGCAAGGUUUGUGGAAUCAUGCAAGGUUACUCAUCUUGUAAACAAUCCAAAAUUAAACUACUCAACGAUUUUUCCAAUAAUGUCACCAGAUAUUAUGAGACACAAGGACAAAAAGACUCUGUUGGGUCUCCACUGCUGUGGAGUUGGCCUGUUCAGGGACUAUUCUGACCUUUUCUCUAAACCUGAAGAGCGGUGUCAGCCCUUUGCAAGGCUUCCUGUUUGGACUCUGAUGUCAGGGAACAGGACAGUACAUGCGGAAACACUGAUGACAGAACUCUGCUGACCCCAGUAAACCUCAAAGCUGUGCGCUUUCCCGACUCCAUUUGACUGUGUGAGAAACUCAACCCUCCCACUGAUCUGACAAUACAGACACUAUGUAGGAGUGACCAGUUUUAGAAAUGUCAUGGAUUUAUUCAUCAGUGUUUGCUUGUAAGAGCAUAUGCCUGUCUUAUAAAUGUGUAAAAAUAUCAUGGUUAUUUCAGAGUAUGUACUGAGUGGGCUGUUGGGUCUGUGUCUUGGAAAGAUGUAGCAAGCCCAGUAAGGAGAGGCUGAGUGUGUUCUUGGAGAAUGUUAGACAGGAAAUGCCAAAAGCACAUCUGGAACUCUUACAUUCAGGAAGUCUAUGCGUGACAGCAGAGGCCUUUGGAGCGCUGCUCUGCCUGCCUGCUUAGCAAUCCACUGUUCUCUGUUAGGCUGUCACUGUGGGGGCUUAAGAGAACAACCACUGGGUGUGAAUGUUUGCUGUAUGUCAAACAUGACAUGAUUUGUGGGUGUCAAAUAAAGUUUGGUU